GCGGGCACCAUGUUAGGCUCUGUCCUCCUAAUUGCGUUCCUGAGCUAUGCCUCCAGCUGUGGCGUCCCCACCUAUCCACCCAACGUGGCCUCCCGGGUGGUGGGAGGAGAAGACGUCAAGGCCCAUAGCUGGCCCUGGCAGGUCUCCCUCCAGUACCUUAAGGAUGACACCUACAGACACACCUGUGGAGGGACCCUGAUCUCCAGCCAGCAUGUCCUGACUGCUGCCCAUUGCAUCAGCAAUAGCAGAACCUACCGCGUGUUGCUAGGCAAGAAUAACCUGGAGGUGGAGGAAGAGGAUGGUUCUGUGGCAGUGGCUGUGGAUACCAUUUUUGUCCAUGAGAAAUGGAACUCCCUCCUGGUUAACAAUGACAUCGCCCUCAUCAAGUUGGCUGAGCCUGUGGAACUGAGUGACACCAUCCAGGUGGCCUGUCUGCCCCCAGAGGACUCCCUACUGCCCCAAGACUAUCCUUGUUAUGUGACUGGCUGGGGCCUCCUCUGGACCGAUGGCCCCCUUUCUGAUGUUCUCCAGCAAGCCCUACUGCCCAUAGUGGACCAUGACACGUGCAGUCGUUUCGACUGGUGGAGCAUCAUGGUGUCCGAAAAGAUGGUGUGUGCUGGAGGAGAUGGUGUCCUCUCAGCAUGCAAUGGAGACUCAGGUGGACCUCUGAACUGUGAGGCUGAAGACGGAGCCUGGGAAGUGAGAGGUAUUGUGAGUUUUGGUUCUAGCUUGGGCUGUAACACAGCCAAGAAGCCCACAGUCUUCACCCGGGUCUCUGCAUACAUUGACUGGAUUAAUGAGAAAAUACUGCUCUGAACAAUCACCAGCCUCUCUACUGGGAACCCCCUGGAUACUUCACAAUCAACCCGCC